AUGCAUAUUCGUCCUCUCUUGGCAGCAGAUCUCCCCGAUGCCGCCUCUGUCGUGGCGGAUGCUAUGCUCGACGAUGAGGUCUGGCAGUAUCUUUCCCCCAGACGGAUGGAGUACUAUGACAAUUACCGGGCUAGUUUUGUGCGGAGACUGAAGAUACGACUAUCGACACCUGGAUAUGUGACAUAUGUUGCUGUCGCGGAUCCCCCUAAUGACAUUGAGGGGUUCACUGGUCAAGUCCAAGAACGUGGAGACAAGGUUGUUGGAUAUGCUGCGUGGGUGCGGGAGGGGACCUCCCCCGCUGCAAGAAAGUGGAGGAGGAAUAAUGAAACUAUUGGAUGCUGGUUGGAGAGAAGCCUCCAAAACAUUGAAAAGAAAUACAUCGACACCUUCAACCCCGACAAGAGCCUGGAUAAAGUCAAACUAGAGACAUACAUAUCAGCAACACAGGAUAAUUUCCCCUCUGAACUCUUCCCUGAGCUCUGGUACCUGGCAACUCUUGCAGUGCACCCCGACUACCAGCGACGGGGGAUAGGGAAGAUGUUGACCAGUUGGGGUAUUGAGCAAGCCAGGGCUGAGAAUGUUCCCGUAGGGCUGGAGCCGAGUGACAAGGGGCUGGGCCUGUAUGAGAAACUGGGUUUUCAAGAAGUGAGAAGGUCAGAAUGGAUCGCGGGGAAAUCAGCGGUGGUGAUGAUUUGGGAGCCUCCUGGAUUGAGCCCUGAGGAGAGUUGGGUUGAGAGGGCGAGAAGACAUGAAGAGAAGAAGAAGAACAAGGAAAAAAUAGACGAUGCUCUUAAGUGGUGA